AUGACGAGGGGAAAGAAGAAAGUGGUAGCUGUGGAACUAGAGCAGACUCGUUCUUCUUCAUUACUUCACGCUGAAUCAGCCCAGGAGCUCAGCAACAAGAUUCAGACACUGGAAAAGAAGCAACCAUCGUCGUCAGUUAUUGUGGUUGUUCAAGCAAUGAUGGAAGAGACCGAGCCUCCUUUCACCUCUACAAUCAUGGACGAGGUGAUGCCACAGAGGUUUCGGAUACCUCUCGUCAUUCAGUACUCUGGGUCUGGUGACCCAUCCGAGCACGUGGAGGCUUAUCGUUCAUGGAUGCAAAUCCAAACGGUAACGGAUGCGAUGAUGUGUAGGAGAUUUUUUAUCACCCUUACAGGAUCCGCUCGGAGUUGGUACCGACAGCUUAAACCUAAUUUCAUCGGUUCCUUCACAGAUUUAAGUCGACUAUUCCUUACCCAAUUCAUAAGUGGUAAGAGGAGUCGAAAACCCAAUACUCACUUGUUCGCCAUCAAGCAAGAGCCGAAGGAGUCGUUGAAGGACUACAUUGCUCGCUUCAAUGAGGAAGCAUUACUAGUAGAAGAUUAUGAUGACAAGAUGACACUCGCUGCCGUGUUCAGCGGCCUGAAAGAAGGAAAAUUCACUUUCUCCAUUGGAAAGAAUCUACCGAAGACGUUAGCAGAACUCGUUACCAGAGCUCAAAAGUAUACUAACGCCGAGGAAUUCUCCAAUACCCGUAAAAAUGUUCAAGUAACAGAACCGAAUGGUAAGGGGAAGAGGCCAAGGAACGAAGAAACUCAGCCGUCCAGCAAAGGACUAGAUGACUGUACCCCUCGUGAUCGUCGUUCGAGCAGAAAGCCGAAAGGUAACCGUUCCUACACUCCCCUCAACACAUCAGCUGAACAGAUUCUGUUAGACAUCAGAGGGUGCAAGCUUCUGAAUUGGCCCAUUUGUAUGAGGGCCGACCCGGAUCAUCAAGAUAAACAUAAGUAUUGCCGUCUUCACCGAGAUCACGGCCACAACACGACCGACUAUGUAGAUCUCAAAGAUGAGAUCGAGACCCUCAUUCGUAAGGGGCAUGUGUGUCGAUACACUAAGGAAGAAAGAACCGCUCGGAAAGAGGAGCGAGAGCGGGAGCAAGAACAGCCGAAUAACACCAUGGAAGAGCCAGCCGAAAUUCGUACCAUCUUCGAGGGCUCGUCUGGUGGAGGAGAUUCGAACAGGGCUCGGAAAGCCCACUCUCGGAAGUCUGAUCCGGAACACUAUGUCCACUUGACCGAGCGGCCCAGUAAGGAACUUCGGGUCAACCCGUGCAGUCUGACCUUCACGGAAGAAGAUGUGCGUGGAAUCCAGCAUUGGCACGACGAUGCCCUGGUAGUUACUAUGACCAUAGCGAACCGCAAAGUAUAUCGCAUCGUGGUCGACAUUGGAAGCUCGACCAACGUAAUCUACUCCGAAGCCUUCGAAAGAAUGAGGAUUCCGAGGUCCCACCUCAGACCCAUGAAGACCCCUUGCACGGCUUUACCGAAAAAAAAGUAA